AGUACUUGGGAUUUGCACAUCUUUUGUGUGUAUCACCUGGUCCCUCUUGGAUUACCACCAGGCCCUGCGCAGCUUCCUACGGGACAAACACAAGUUGGCCUUCCCGUCUUCGGUCCUCUACUUCCUGUGGAACUUCCUGUUGAUGUGUCCUCGCGUUCUCUCGUUGGCGCUCUUUGCAGUAGUGUUCUCAUACUACAUUUUCCUCCACUUUCUAGUCAUCUGGUUGGUCAUGCUUCUCUGGGUUUCCUUGCAAGAGACAGACUUAAUGGAACAUGCCAACUUUGAGUGGUUUUAUCGAGCUACAGUAGCCGUUAUCCUCUAUUUCUGCUGGUUCAAUGUAGCCGAGGGGAAAACCCGCCACCGCUCAGCUAUUUACCACACUUUCCUAAUUCUGGAUAGUGGCAUCCUGAUCGUCUCUUGGUGGUGGUACAGAAUUCCCUCGAGCUGGGAUUCCCAACUUUGCCCUGUACUCCUGGCUGCCCUGGUCUGUAAUCCCCUUGGCAUUUUCUUGAAAUGCGUCUACUACAAGUGGUUUCAUCCAUCUGUGAAAACUGCACGCAUUACAGAAUUCGAUGAAGUAGACAGCAAUGAGCCUGAGAAUGAAGAUGCUGUUGUGUUCCGGCAAAUGGUUGUAGAAACCCUCGUCAUCAACCGUCGGACAUAUAGACUCUCUCAGAACUUCUUUGCUGGCUCUUUGGCAGAGGAGACUCGGAACCAACAGAAUGGGACUGUCAGUGACAAUAUGUAUCUAUGAGACAUGUUGUUUAGGGCAGCCAAGGUAAGACUAUAGUUGAAUUAGAUUCAGAAAACAUUUGUACCAGUUUGCCUGCUGAAUUCAUGUCUUGUGUUUCUUCCAGGAUUAGCCGCAUAAGCUAAACCAAAUAAGCUAGGAAGGAAAUGUUGUUAUUGGUUAAGGAUGAGCUUUUGCAGCUGUCUUCUUGAAGAGAAUCUUUAGCAGGGGGUGGAAGAUAUGAAGCAACAUCACCAGCAGAUAUGUCCAAAUAGGGCCCAAGUUGAAGAAUGCUAGUUAGAAAUGUAGUUAGCAAAUUCAGAGGUUCCUAGGUACAUCACAGAUGUCUCUAAUUCUGGAUUCUAUGACUUGCACCUUGUUGUGGAUUGCAAUACUUCUCAGAUCUGGUGCACUUUUCAAACUUUAUACCUUUAAUCUUAAAUUCAGGCCUUCACUUCACUAUUCUUGACUGCCCACCUGCCUGUGUUCUGAUAUUAGGCGAGAAAAAAAUUAGUUGAAAUAGCCCUUGGUCACAUGCUUCCCCUUUUCUUUGAUGUGACCAUCGAAAGGGUUCCAAAGUGUCACUUCUACUUUUAACUAGUUCUUGUCAUAGUAUCUGAACUAUGACAUCAAGGUUUCCAGUUUAUCUGGAAAACCACAUAAUCCUUAAAGCAUAAACUAUAAACUGACUUUAACAUAUCACUUUGAAGAUGAACUAGUUUAGAAUUUGGUGCUAUAGUUCAUGGUGCUGAGACUUUUCCAGAUCUCAUUGAGAUGAGGAAGUUCAUAAACCUGAUAGUUCACUGUAAUUAUUUAUGGUUUGAUAUGGGGACUGAUGGAAAUAGAAUUCCAAAAUACCUGGAAGACAUUAUACUGUGCUUUAAAGCAAGAUCUGAAUUACCUGAAGGGCUUCAGCCCUUCCCCUCAGUUCUGCUUGAUAUUUUGGCCAUCUGUGCCCAAAUAGUUUAUAUUUCAAAAGUUUUGAGAGGACAGUCUUUAUUCCAAUUUCCGCAUUAUCUUGAAGGGAAGCUUAGAAAACAUGCCUAACACUUCUUUGGCUCUCUUCCUAUGCCAUAAUUUUAAAAAGUCAGUGUUAAUUUAAGUCUUCACAAUGAUUCAGAUUGACUGGAAUCAGCAAAAAUAUGUAUGGCAGUGAUGUGCAUAUUCAAUUUAUUCAAGCCUCCAAUAUAGAAGAUGCGAGUUGGGAGUGGAAGGAAUAGCAAAGCUGUAGGAAAGAAUUUAGUAUGCAUACUUAAACAUUUAAAAAAAAUCAAACCCUCGUUUUUCACUUCAGAAAGUGGAUACACUCGUCUUAAUUUCUCUCCCUCCUUCCACUAAACUCUCUCCCAGUUUAUUUUUUUAUAUAUAGUAAUGCCA